AUGUCUGAUAACCCACGUGAUCGGGGACGAAUCCGAGGUGACCAAGGAUACGGUCGCGGCGACCGUCGUGGUGGUUGUGGUGGUGGUCGCGGUCGGGGGGAUAUGGACCUUACCUUCCGGGAACGCCGCUAUGGCACACUAGGCAAACCUGUUACCUUGUAUGCCAACUAUAUGCCGUUCACGGCGGUUGGCAAGCCGGUCUCCCGCUACCAUGUCGCUGUCGGCAAGGAGCAGGGCCGGGAGCACUUCGCCAAAUAUAUCAAGAACAUUGCCACUGACUAUCGAUCUACAUUGAUCUCGUGCAUCGAUCUGGGGCUGUCGGGUGACAAGAAGUACGAUGUGCGGUAUAAAGGCGAGAAUGAGCUCGAUUAUCUCGAUGAGCCCGAGGUCUACAGCGUGACUGUUGGACCGACGGGCACGCUGGAUCCAACAGAUCUGAUUAAUUAUGUGUCGUCGAGUAGUGUCAACGGUCCUCUAAUGCAGCAAGAUCAGAUAUUGGCGGCGAUGAACAUUAUUAUAGGUCACCAGCCAAAGACCGACCGGUCGGUGGUCACGCUCGGCGGUAACAAGCAUUAUAGCUUUGAUGCUGCCACUGCCGAACGCAUGUCUCUGGGUGGUGGUCUUGAGGCGUUACGUGGUUUCUUCAUCAGUGUGCGUGCCGCCACCGCCCGCGUUUUGCUGAACGUGCAAGUCAAAUAUCUCGCGUGCUACCAAGAAGGCCCUCUGCCUAUGGUGCUUAGAGAAUAUACGCGUACGAAUUCGCGCAACCCCUACCGACUUGAAUCUUUUUUGAAGCGCAUGCGUGUCCGAACCACUCAUAUUGUGCGGAAGACGAGCAGCGGCAAGCCUCGUCCUCCUCAAAUCAAGAGCAUUACCGGGUUAGCAUCACCAUCCGAUGGUCGUUCCGGCACGAAUCCGCCCAAGGUGGCUCGUCACGGUGCUGGCCCCUUUGAUGUCCAAUUUUUUUUGGAAGCCCCUGGGUCGAAACCGCCAGCCGCACAAGCUGCGCAGCAUGCUGAGGGCAAGGGGAAGAAGGGGAAGAAGCCCGCCAAGACAGGCCCAGCCCCCGCAGGCCAGUACGUCUCUGUCGGUGAUUAUUUCAAGCGAGAGUACAAAAGAGACUUGGACCCGAACUUGCCUGUUAUCAAUGUCGGCAACAGACAAUUCCCUGUGUAUCUUCCCAUGGACGUGUGUGAGGUCGGACCUGGUCAGCCAGUGGGAACCAAGCUCUCCCCUGAUCAGACAUCUGACAUGCUCAAGUUUGCUGUGAUGCGACGCAAGCCUGCGCAGAAUGCUCAGUCAAUUGUUACCAACGGAGUGGGCAUGUUAGGUCUUAGCGAGCCGUUGAGCGCCACAUUGGCUGCCUUUGGUGUCCGCGUUGAUAGCAAUCUUCUUACUGUCCAAGGCCGUGUUCUGGUGCCUCCAAAGAUCCUCUACGCUAAGCAGAGAGAGAUCUCAACCACCGCCGGCUCGUGGAACAUGAAAUCCAUUGAAUUCUCUAAGGCAGUGUCGUUGAAGAAUUGGACAUACAUGUACCUCACGACCGACCGCGCCCGUACAUACUGGCAAAACGGUGGUCAGAUGAUGGGAUCUCUGCAAAAGUUCACGUCUGUACUCCGCAGCAUGGGUAUAGAUGCCGAGUUACCCAAGGAAGGCCAACGUCUCGCCCUUAAUGGUAGGAAUGAUGCCGAGGUCAUCGAGAAGUCCGUUCGCGAGCUGCAAGGUCGUUACAAGCCUUCCAUGAUCCUGGGUAUCUUCCACACCAAGGAUACCACCCUUUACAACACGGUCAAGCAGGUCUGCGAUGUACGUUGUGGUGUCCGCAAUGUGAAUAUGCAAGCUGAGAAGCUCGCCCAGGGACAGGACCAGUACUGUGCCAACGUUGGUCUGAAGAUCAACCUGAAGCUCGGCGGAGGAAAUCAAACGCUCAGAAACUCCGACCUUGGUCUAUUUGGAAACGGCAAAACGAUGCUCGUCGGCAUUGACGUUACCCACCCCUCGCCUGGCUCAGUAGGCAUCGCGCCUAGUGUUGCAGCAAUCGUCGCAUCCGUUGAUUCCGCGCUCGCACAGUGGCCGGCCGAAUUUCGCAUCCAGGAGAAACGCCAAGAAAUGGUUCAAGAUCUCGACGCCCUUAUGCAGUCACGUCUCAAACUGUGGGCCAAAUUCAAUAAAAACAAGUACCCAGAAAACAUUGUCGUCUAUCGCGACGGUGUCUCCGAAGGCCAGUACGACCUUGUCAUCGAAAAGGAACUGCCACUCCUUAAGUGCGCCUGCGAAGCCGUUUACCCAGCUUCUGACACCAAGCGCGGUCUCCCAGCUAUGUCCAUCAUCAUUGUCGGCAAGCGCCACAACACCCGCUUCUACCCGACCACCAAUGCCGACGCUGAUCGCUCUGCGAACCCAAUGCCGGGUACCGUCGUUGACCGUGGUGUCUCCGAGUCCAAGCACUGGGACUUCUUCCUGCAGGCACACUCCGCACUGCAGGGAACUGCCCGCCCGGCCCAUUACUUCACUGUCUGGGAUGAGAUUUUCUCUCCCCAGCACCCGGGUGGCAGUGGAGCCAGAGGCGCAGCCGAUCUUCUUCAGGAUCUGACUCAUAAGAUGUGCUACCUCUUCGGUCGCGCAACGAAGGCUGUCAGCGUCUGCCCACCUGCGUACUAUGCGGAUUUGGUCUGUACGCGUGCGCGGUGCUACCUCAGUGACCUCUUUGAUCCUAGUAUGGCUUCGACACCUGCGGCAAGUGUUGCUGGGACCGAGGGCCGCGGACAGCCUGAUUUUGAGAAUGCCAUUGUUCAUUCUCAUGUGAAGGACACUAUGUUCUACAUCUGA